UACCAACAUUCUAAAUCUAAGUGUACACUUGUCAAUUUCUUGUCAAAGUGCCACUGAAACACUAAAGUGGUACUCGGAGAGCUGUUGUGGUUUUACAUUUAUUGGGAUAACAAUAGUUAAUAUGGCAGAACCUUUAACGGAAAUACCACUGAACAUCGAGGAAACUGUUCAAGAUGCAGUGAAAAAUGCUACAGAUAAAGCACCAACAAGUAUCGAAGGCAUUGCGAUCGCCUACUUGAGUUUGGUCGUUAUGGCUGUCUUACCAAUAUUUUUCGGCUCUUUUAGGUCUGUUAAAUACCUCAAGGAGCAAAGGGAAUCUGGUGAGCGCCAUGAGACCAUGUCCAAUAAGGAUGCCCUGAUGUUCCCAGUGAUAGCCUCCUGUGCUCUCUUCACUCUCUACAUUUUCUUUCAGUUCUUCUCCAAGGAGUACAUCAAUCUACUUCUUACAGGAUACUUCUUCUUUCUCGGUGUAUUGGCAUUGAGCCAUCUUCUGAGCCCUAUAAUAGCGCUGGUUGUCCCCGCGUCGAUCCCCAACAUGCCGUACCACGUGCACUUCACACGCGGCGAGGGAGACGCACGCACCGAUAUAAUCAACUACAAGUUCACCUCAUAUGACGUCAUCUGUCUGCUCAUCUCACUCUGCCUCGGCGCCUGGUAUCUGCUCAAGAAGCACUGGAUCGCCAACAAUCUUUUCGGCAUUGCGUUUGCGAUCAAUGGAGUGGAGCUGCUGCAUCUGAACAAUGUGGUGACGGGCUGCAUCCUGCUCUGUGGACUCUUCCUCUAUGACAUCUUCUGGGUGUUUGGCACUAAUGUCAUGGUCACCGUUGCAAAGUCCUUUGAGGCGCCUAUUAAACUGGUGUUCCCGCAAGACCUGCUGGUGAACGGUCUGAGCGCGUCCAACUUCGCGAUGCUGGGCCUGGGCGACAUCGUGGUGCCGGGCAUCUUCAUAGCGCUGCUGCUGCGGUUCGACAAGUCGCUGCGGCGCGGGUCCGAGCUGUACUUCCGCGCCACCUUCCUGGCGUACGUGUGCGGUCUGCUCGCCACCAUCCUGGUGAUGCACGUGUGGCGACACGCGCAGCCCGCGCUGCUCUACCUCGUGCCCGCCUGCCUCGCCACGCCGCUCACCCUCGCCCUGCUCAAGGGGGACAUCAACGCGCUCUUCAACUACGAGGACCAAAAGGCAGCGACUGAGACGGCGGAGGGAGACACGGUGAAGAAGACUGAGUAGGCUGACCCGCUGCCUCCGAGCACAAAUCUCCGCACACCAAGUACAUACAUAUAAACAAAGACAAACUUAAUUUUUAUUAUAAUAUCCUCUUCGUAAUGGACUUCUAUUGGAAUGGUAUUUGGUUAAAUUUGGUGAAUGUUGAAAAUUUGUGCGAAUUAUUUUGAACUUCCAUAUUAAAUUAUCUUCCAUUUCUUGUACUGUGAUGUUUCAAUAACAUCAUUUUUAUUUUUAUAUUGAUCGAUUAAAAUAAUUGUGUUCAAAUAUUCGAUGUGUAAUUAAUGUUAGAAAGAAAAUCCGGCACUGUGCCGGUGUACUGGCGCAACACUAGCCUUACUAAAAUGUCGACGUUUAUGUCCCCUCACUAAUCAUUCUGACACUUGACGUGAUAACGAAAGCACGUCAUUCGCGUCUCGGGAUUCUAACUAAUAAUGUCUAAAAUUAAAUAUGUGCAUAAUAUAUGUAUUAUUAUUUUUUAUUUACUUUUUAAAUCGUUUUCCUUUUCAGAGUUUGUUUUUUUAUUUUGUCAAAGAAAUCAUUGUAUAUAUUAUAUUUUGUUUAGCUUCAUGUGAAUCUUAGCUGAUUAAGUUUUAUAUUUUUUGUUAUCUUUACCUAGAAUGUUACCAAUCUCUAUACAUUUCAGUAGCAAAUCUUUUAUUGUAUAAACAUUGUGCUGUCUCAUAUUGAAUGUUUAAUAAUUUUCAACUUAGCCAUUCGUCUAGUGUUUGAUGUCACAAGAAUUUAUUCAACAGGGCAGAUGAACUUUGAUGCAGAUCGGUGUACGACUUAUACUUAAUAAAUGUAUGAAAA